GAGACCACCAAGGACCGCAGCAUCUUCACCGUUGAGGGAGCAGAGAAGGAAGACGAGGGCGUCUAUGUUGUCACGGUGCAGAACCCCGUGGGCGAGGACCAGGUCAACCUCACAGUCAAGGUCAUCGAUGUGCCGGAUGCUCCGGCGGCCCCCAAGAUCAGCAACGUGGGCGAGGACUCCUGCACGGUGCGGUGGGAGCCCCCUGCCUACGAUGGCGGGCAGCCAGUCCUAGGCUACAUCCUGGAGCGCAAGAAGAAGAAGAGCUACCGGUGGAUGCGGCUGAACUUCGACCUGCUGCGGGAGCUGAGUCACGAAGCGCGGUGCAUGAUCGAGGGCGUGGUCUACGAGAUGCGGGUCUACGCCGUCAACGCAGUGGGCAUGUCCAGGCCUAGCCCCGCCUCCCAGCCGUUCAUGCCUGUUGGCCCCCCCAGUGAGCCCAGCCACCUGGCGGUGGAGGAUGUCUCUGACACCACCGUCUCCCUCAAGUGGAGGCCCCCAGAGCGCAUGGGAGCUGGAGGCCUUGACGGCUACAGCGUGGAGUACUGCCAGGAUGGCUGCUCGGAGUGGGUGGCUGCCCUUCAGGGGCUGACCGAGCACACAUCACUGCUGGUGAAGGACCUGCCCACGGGGGCUCGGCUGCUCUUCCGCGUGCGGGCUCACAACGUGGCGGGGCCUGGAGCCCCUGGCACCACCACGGAGCCUGUGACGGUGCAGGAGAUACUGCAGCGGCCACGGCUCCAGCUACCCAGACAUCUUCGCCAGACCAUCCAGAAGAAGGUCGGAGAGCCCGUGAACCUCCUCAUUCCUUUCCAGGGCAAGCCCCGGCCUCAGGUGACCUGGACCAAAGAGGGACGGCCACUGGCAGGCGAGGAGGUGAGCAUCCGCAACAGCCCCGCGGACACCAUCCUGUUCAUCCGGGCCGCGCACCUCGCCCACUCGGGCACCUACCGGCUGACUCUGCGCAUCGAGAGCAUGGAGGACGAGGCCGAGCUGGUCCUGCAGGUCAUUGACAAGCCAAGUCCUCCCCAGGAUAUCCGGGUCACUGACACAUGGGAUUUCAAUGUGGCUCUGGAGUGGAAGCCACCCCAGGAUGACGGCAACACAGAGCUCUGGGGCUACACGAUUCAGAAAGCUGACAAGAAGAGCAUGGAGUGGUUCACCGUCUUGGAGCAUUACCGCCGCACCCACUGUGUGGUGUCAGAGCUCAUCGUCGGCAAUGGCUACUACUUCCGGGUCUUCAGCCAUAACGUGGUGGGGCCCAGUGACAGAGCCGCCACCACCAAGGAGCCUGUCUUUAUCCCUAGACCAGGCAUCAUGUAUGAGUCACCCAGCUACAAGGCCCUGGACUUCUCUGAGGCCCCAAGCUUCACCCGCCCCCUGGUGAACCGUUCGGUCAUUGCCGGCUACAACACUACCCUCUGCUGUGCUGUCCGGGGUAGCCCCAAGCCCAGAAUUUCCUGGUUCAAGAACGGCCUGGACCUGGGCAAAGACGCCCGCUUCCGCAUGUUCAGCAAGCAGGGAGUGUUGACCUUGGAGAUUAGAAAGCCUUGCCCCUUCGACGGGGGUGUCUAUGUCUGCAGGGCCACCAACUUGCAAGGCGAGGCACAGUGUGAGUGCCGCCUGGAAGUGCGAGUGCCUCAGUGACCAGGCUGGCUCCCUGGGGAUGGCCAGGUAUGUACUCCACAUCACCCUGAUACCCGGGUCCCAAAUCAAAGGCUGAGCCCUGGCCCUUUGUCCAGGGGCAGCCAGCAGGAAAUGGGGGUGCAGGUGGCUCUUAGUAGGGUUUCAGUCCAGCUCAUUCACAAGGGAGCCUGUGUCACAGGUGCAACUGGAGCCAACCCAUGUACCAGGAGCCUGGAAGGAAGUUGGACAAGCCACCUUCUGCUGUUGGAUGUGUGUGCAAGUGUGUGUGUGUUGGAGCUGGGCUGUGGGAGCCCCAGCAGGGCAGCAUAGUUAUGAAGAGCUAGGCGUGGGGGGGCACUCCGCACAGGCUAACCUGUCAGAGCUCCAUCUGGAAGCUCCUCAGAUCCUUGGGGCGAAAAGUGUGCGGGCUCAGGAAAUGAUGGCUGCGGAUAGGCCUCUCUGGCCCUGCCGUGUUUUCUCAGUG